CGUCAUGUCUCUCGAGGAGAAGAGCGACCAGGAAAUCAUCCAGCUGCUGAAGAAGUUCGGCAUCAAACAUGGACCUCUAGUCGGCUCUACUCGUGGUCUGUAUGUGAAGAAGUUGAAGGAUGUGAUGGCCAAACCUGAUGUUUCUCCUGACAAGACGUUCUACAGAGAGGAAGAGGAGGAGGUGACCUAUAUACACUAUCAUACACCAGUGAGAAAUGAAGGAUAUGGAGAUGUCUCCAGACGAAUCGUUUCCAAGUAUGAAGAGCUCGCUGAUGAUCAUUACGGCCAUGACACAGAGCCCCAGAUCCACAGCACCCAGGCAGCCUAUCACAGCACUGCACAUUCCAAAGUGCCAAUCACAAAGGCUGCAGGGGGCAUGUCCCUGUGGCUGUGGCUGCUCCUAUUGGCUGUGCUGGCAGCCUUCCUGUACUUCAUUUACUCCAGCAUGGAGGCCAACACAGAAAGCCCGUUUGGAACAGACAUCCACAAAUAGUCCUCUCUCUCUCUCUCUCUCUCUCUCUCUCUCUCUCUCUCACUCUCACUCUCACUCUCACUCUCACUCUCACUCUCUCCUCUCUCUCUCUGCUACCUCUCCAUUUUCCCAUUCUCCUUCUCUUUCCUCCAUUUUCUCUCCCCCCUUUCUUUUCUGUUCCUGUUCUUACAUCUGCACCUAAAUUACCAGUUUUUUUUAUUAAAUAAAACAGCAGAAGUCUUGCAAAAAUAUUCUUUGUGUGUUUGCUAGUCGUACAUACAAACCUCAUUUCCAAGAAAAGGGAUAUUUUCUAAAAUGUUAUAAAAAGAUACAUCUGUGAUUUGUAAAGUUUCUUGAAACUAACUGACUGAAAAAAUAUAAAUGUUUUCACUAACCCACUUAAUUGUAUUUUUUAAGUAUUCACCGUUUCAGAAUUUGAUGCCUGCAAGCUGCAACACGUGACAAAUAAACUGGAGGAUUCCCCAGUGCUCAGGUUAAUUGGCAGGAUUGGGCAUAACAGGAGCAUCGACCAAAAGCUCUGUGUUUAUAAAGAAUGGGUCUGGGCUCAUCGCUUCAUGCCAUCUUUGUGAAAGGAUUGUCCGUUCAAAAAGAACAUGGCUCAACACAAGUUGCAAAGACUUUAGGUCGUUUAGCUUGUACAGCG